GCUCCGCCGCCGCCAUCUUUGUUAGGGGCAGCGGCCCUGGCCUGGAGAUGCCGAAGUCGUGCGCGGCCCGGCAGUGCUGCAACCGCUACAACAGCCGCAGGAAGCAGCUCACCUUCCACCGGUUCCCAUUCAGCCGCCCGGAGCUGCUGAAGGAAUGGGUGCUGAACAUCGGCCGGGGCAACUUCAAGCCCAAGCAGCACACGGUCAUCUGCUCUGAACACUUCAAGCCCGAGUGCUUCAGUGCUUUUGGGAACCGCAAGAACCUGAAGCACAACGCCGUGCCCACGGUGUUUGCCUUUCAGGACCCCACGCAGCUGGUGAGGGAGAACACAGACCCUGCCGGCGAGAGAGGAAAUGCCAGCUCGCAGAAAGAAAAGGUCCUCCCUGAGGCAGGGGCUGAGGAGCACAGCCCCGGGAGAAACAUGGACACUGCACUCGAAGAGCUUCAGCUGCCCCCGAAUGCUGAAGGCCCCACCAAACAGGUGUUGCCACACAGAGGGGAAGCAGCAGAGGCCCCUGGUCGGCCGGGCAGCCUCACAGCGCUGAGAAGGCCAGUCCCCACGCAGCCAUCUGACCACAGCUACGCCCUUUUGGACUUAGAUGCCCUGAAAAAAAAACUCUUCCUCACUCUGAAGGAAAACGACAAGCUCCGGAAGCGCUUGAAGGCCCAGAGGAUGGUGAUGCGAAGGAUGUCCAGCCGCCUCCGGGCCCACAGAGACGGGCAGCGGGGACCCCAGGCCAGGCCUCGGCCAGAGCAGCGGCGCUGAGCCCGACAGGUUCUGGGACAUGGGGGCAGCAGUGGCUGGCACCAGGGCCAGGCACUGGAUCCCGGGCUCUGGCCCUGGGUAUUUCUGUAUGCUGCCAACGUAGAGAACGCUGGCCAUGAGCUUGCUGGACAAGGGAUUAGACAGUAGCCAAGCUAGCUGGUGAGGAGCCCGAACAGUCUGCUGUGACGUUUAGAGGCCUUAGGCUGGGAGCGUGCAUCCCUGGGCGCGACAAGCUCAGUGGUCCUGCAGUAACAGAAGUCCAUCUGAGGCCGGUUUCUGGACUGCUGUCCUUUCGGCACACGCUGAGCCAGCGCUGCACUUCCCUGAGGGAGCGGCUGACCUUACGGUAGGGCGAGUGGGUUCCUCCAUCAGCCUGGACAGCUGGCUCAAGAUGGCUGAGACUGGUCUCUGUUCUCAGGAGCAGCUCCUCUCCUGGCCUGGUUUGAGUGAGCAACAAACAUAAUAAAGUGUCUUUCUAUACUG